AUGGGUAAAGGUUGUUAGCUCAAUAAGCUAAAGUUUGACAGCCCUCACAGCUUUAUUAUGAAGCCUCCUUAUGAGUGUCUCCUGGUGUUCUGCAGCUUCUGCUUGCUGCUGCAGGGAGUCCUAGGACUGCUCUACCCGCGAGAGUCCAGUAGCAGGGAGGUGAAGGAGCUGAAUGGGCUCUGGCACUUCAGAGCUGACUAUUCCGAGGACAGGAACGAAGGAUUCGAGAAAGAAUGGUACAAGCAACCGCUCUCCAAGAGUGGUGAUGUGAUACAGAUGCCAGUACCGUCCAGUUUCAAUGAUAUUACUCAGAAUGCAUCAUUGAGGGACUUUGUGGGGUGGGUGUGGUACGAUCGUCAGUUCUGGUUACCAGCCUCUUGGAGUAACGAAAAAAUUCGAAUCUUGCUACGAUUUGAAAGUGCUCAUUACAACACAAUUGCUUGGAUAAAUGGGAACCAGUUUACUCAACAUUCUGGAGGCCACCUGCCAUUCGAGGGUGACAUCACGAGCUUUGUGCGCCCCGACACACACAACACUAUUACAGUUGCCGUCAACAACACAUUGGGACCACACACACUACCCCCAGGCUCUCUCAGUUUCCAUGGUCCCCCCUCCUAUCCUUCUGGCUACUUCGUACAGAACCUUCAGAUGGAUUUUUUCAACUAUGCUGGUCUGCAGCGUCCAGUCAAGCUCUACAUCACGCCCUCUGCCCUCCACCUUGAUGACAUCACCACCACCACAACCAUUAACUCUGAUGGAUCUGCCACAGUCGAUUACAUUCUAGAGAUUGGUGGCUCCAGCUCAGGUGAUGCAGUGGUCAACGCGACUCUAGUCAACAAAGUAGGGGAAACAGUGGGGAGGUCAACCGUGAAAGUCUCCCCGUGUUCAGGGGAGGUAUGCAGUGCCAUGGCAACGGGGAGCAUAUCUGUGAAGGACCCCCAGCUGUGGUGGCCGUGGACUAUGAGCUCCACUUCAGCCUACCUCUAUGUGUUUCAGGUGAAUGUGAGUGCUGGUGGGGUCAGUGAUCUGUAUCGGCAGCCUCUGGGCAUUCGCAGUGUGAGAGUGACUGACUCACAGUUCCUCAUUAACGAAAAACCUUUCUACUUUCAAGGAUUUGGAAAACAUGAAGAUGCUGAUGUCCGAGGCAAGGGUCUAGACUAUCCCCUGCUGAUGAAGGACCUGAACCUCCUCCUCUGGUUGGGAGCUAACUCUUUCAGGACCAGUCACUACCCAUACUCAGAGGAGCAGAUGGAGCUCUGUGAUCAGCAUGGCAUCGUAGUGGUGGAUGAAACACCAGCCGUGGGACUACGGACAGAGGAAAAUUUUGCUCAAGAGACUUUGAACCACCACAAACAAGUGAUACAGGAACUUGUUUCCAGAGACAAGAAUCGUCCGUCUGUGGUCAUGUGGUCCCUUGCCAAUGAGCCCAGCUCCAGCAUGACCGUGGCCCAGGACUACUUCAAGCAACUUGUGGAUGUUACCAAGAAGUUAGACCCGACCAGACCGGUGACCUUUGCUUGCAAUCAAGCGUAUAGCUCAGACAAAGCCACUCAGUACAUGGAUGUGAUUAGUAUCAACCGUUACUUUGGCUGGUAUUUGAAUGCCGGUCACCUUGAGACAAUACAACCUUCGUUCUCCUAUGACUUGGACCAAUGGUACGCCACACACAAGAAGCCAAUGUUGAUCACAGAAUACGGGGCGGGGGCCAUAGCAGGUAUCCACGAGGACCCUCAAGCCAUGUACUCAGAAGAUUAUCAGGUUGAAUUGUUGGCUGCCACUUUCCCUGUUUUUGAUGAGUACAAAAAAAAGUUUCUAGUCGGUGAAAUGGUGUGGAAUUUUGCUGACUUCCAAACAGGACAAACGUCUGGACGAGUGGACGGGAACAAAAAAGGAGUGCUGACUCGGCAAAGAGAGCCCAAGGCAUCAGCUCGGCUCAUUAGAGCACGUUAUCACUCUCUAGCCCAAGGUGUGCAGCUGUGCUACAACACUGGUCUACUAGGAAGCUACCCAACUUACUGUCCAGCACAGUGACUCUGAACCAUUGUCUAUAAUUAUGGACUAUAAUUAUAGCUUUUGUGUUUAUUGUAUGUGGGAUGAGGAGUAAUUCUGACAUCAUUGAUAUGAAUGUUUGAUAAUAAUAAGUUUAUAUUGGUUA